CUCCUUUUGGCUCUCUUCCAUUUUGAUCUUCGUAGUUCUUACUCCACUCCCCCGCACCUAAAAAAACUCUCUCACCUCAUUCCCUGUCACUGACACCAUCUCUGCUCCUGGAAUUCAUUUUCAUCAAUCCUAUCAUUCAUUACCCAUCGUUCCUGUUUCCCUUCCCCUUUAACCAUCUGCCCUGGUUAGCUCACCCGAUCUCCAACCCACGAACAAGAAAGAGCUAAAAAAAGGAGAAAGAAGAGAACUUUCCUUGUCAACCAAACUUCCCCAACUUCCCCACCUUUCGUUUUCAGCCACCGGACAACAAACCAAUCAUUGUUACCAAAUUCCCAAUUGGUGUCGAAGCCCAGAGAGAGAGAGAGAGAGAGAGAGCGGCAAGCGCCGGCGCCGGCGGACUUGGGGGGAGCUCUGCUUUUAGUUUGUUUGCUUUUCCCCGACAUUGUUGGGGGGCGGUGAGGAAGAGCCGCUUCUCGUCAUUGGGAGAUUCCGGGGCUUUUCUCGAUUUGAUUGUUUGCUUGCUAAAAGGCGCUACAGUGAUGUAACAGAGUCUUCAGAUUGAUCUUCCGUUUCUUCUGCGGAGUUCCUUUGGUAGGAGAAAGUGAGAGAGAUGGAGUCUAAGAUGGAUCAGUAUGAGAUCAUGGAGCAGAUCGGGCGUGGCGCCUUUGGCGCUGCCAUUCUAGUCAAUCAUAAAGCCGAGAAGAAGAAGUAUGUGUUGAAGAAGAUCCGGCUUGCUCGCCAGACGGAGCGGUGCCGGAGAUCUGCUCACCAGGAAAUGGCGCUGAUUGCACGAAUUCAGCACCCUUACAUUGUGGAGUUCAAGGAAGCCUGGGUUGAGAAGGGUUGCUAUGUAUGUAUUGUCACUGGAUACUGUGAAGGUGGAGACAUGGCUGAAUUGAUGAAGAAGAACAACGGUGUUUAUUUUCCUGAGGAGAAACUUUGCAAGUGGUUCACGCAACUGCUCUUGGCUGUUGAUUAUCUUCAUUCUAAAUAUGUCCUCCACCGCGACUUGAAAUGCUCAAAUAUCUUUCUGACUAAAGAUCAGGAUGUUCGCCUCGGGGAUUUUGGACUUGCUAAAACUUUGAAGCAAGAUGACUUGGCUUCAUCGGUGGUUGGAACUCCCAAUUACAUGUGUCCAGAGCUACUUGCAGAUAUUCCAUAUGGCUUCAAAUCAGAUAUUUGGUCUUUAGGAUGCUGUGUAUAUGAGAUGGCUGCUCAUCGCCCUGCUUUCAAAGCUUUUGAUAUGGCAGGGUUGAUAAGCAAGAUCAAUCGUUCUUCAAUUGGUCCUUUGCCGCCUUGCUAUUCUCCAUCCUUGAAAUCACUUAUUAGAUGCAUGCUGAGGAAAAAUCCUGAGCACCGCCCUACUGCAUCUGAGGUCCUAAAGCAUCCAUACUUGCAGCCUUAUGUGGAGCAGUACCGGUCAUCUUUGAGUCCUCCAACUUGCUCUCUCGAGAAGCCUCCUUCAGCUGGUCGUGGUUCAAGGAGAAGCAUGGCUGACAGCCAGAACAGCAACAGCUCUAGUAGUGAUAGAGAUAGUUACCUCUCAAGCGAGAGAAACAUCUCAACUACGGGAGAGAAUAAAGGUACUGACACAGAUCUGGCAUCUAUUGAUGAUGAUAAUGACACUGAACAAACCACGCCAAGUGAAGGAGAUAGCAACCAUACAGUUCAUACUGACAAAGUCAAUGAACGGAAAGUAAUGAAGGUCAACCAUUAUGAGGAUGGACCCAAUGUUGAGUCCAAGCAGCAGCCUAAGACUAUUAAAAGUAUUAUGAUGGCACUGAAAGAAGGCAAGGCUAGAGAAAAUGGGUCUCCACUUAGAGGGGCUCGUGCGAAAGCUACAGGCAUAAUGACAACACCAAGGAAUAAUGCAGAAUCAGUGUCGAAAAUUCCUCGACCCUAUGCUGUUGCUCCGAGUUUUAAGCCUAACGUAGUUGAUGCAUCACCUGUUGCUCAGGCAAAGUUGACAUUCGAUUCUAUUAAGCGGAUUCCAGCAUCAACCCCUUCUAAACACCAGUUACCAAUAAUGGACACAUCGCCGAAGACUAAACCCAGAUACGAUGGCAUUCCGCCAUCUGUCCCCAUAAAGCUUUCUGAUGAUGGACUUGCUGCUAAAUCUAGGCAGAGAACCCCGCCUUCCAACAUUGUUCGGCGGUGUUCAUUCCCUGUACGGACAAGACAAGUUGGAAAUGACGCCCUAACUGAGACUGCUGCCAUGACUAAGUCCCCCGAACUUACUUCUCGUGAAGUUCCCGAUGAGCAGUUCAUGCAUUCUACUAAGGAGAUCAAGCAAGAGACAUUUCAGAAAGCUACAGUUGGGGUUUCGAAAGUGACUCAAACAGAUGGCAGUAAUUCUGUCUCAUCUGUGGUUUCAGCUGAAGCAUCUGAACUUUAUGAUGAUGCAACAACUUCAUUUGAUGACAUGCAGACACCUCCAAAUCAUGAGAUAGAAAGAAGGCCUGGAACUUCAGAUACUCCAGCAUUGAGAGUCUCAUCUUCAUCCUCUUUCCACUCUGAUGCUUCUGAUAAUUUAUCAAAUGGAGAUCAUGGAGAAUAUCCUGGACCCUUGAUUUGCUCGGUUGAACCUAACAGUGUUCAGGAUGCCAAUGCAAAUUCUUUCAAUGGUUCUGGUAACAUGGCAUCAAGUGCAGCGCUUCAUUUAUCGAUUCCAGUUACUGAAGGAAUAACAAUUCAUAAGGAUGAUAUCCCUGAAAGUCAGCCCAGUAGCAGUAGACCUGAUAUGUCACUUGGAUCAAAUGUUACUUCUCCAUGUAGAGGUGAUGACAAGUUUACUGUGACAGAACUUCUAUCAGUUUCAGAGGCUACUACGUCGACUCUCUCACCAAUUUCAGCCGCUCAAAACUAUUUGCAAUCAGAAAAAGGAACAACGAUUUUGCAAAAUCCACCAGUGGAAAGGGGUUCUGCUGCUGCUGCUGGCUGUCCUCCUUUUGAUGAUGUCAUACAUGUCAUACGUCACAGCAGUUUCCGUGUUGGGAAUGAGCAGCCAGUCAUGGAAACUGUUGAGAUGGGAGUUCAAAAUAUGGACGUUGGGAAGCUCUUAAAUGUUGUGAGAGACGAGCUGGACAUGCGAAAUGUGGGGGCUCCAGUGACACUUAAAUCAGCAGGAGGCUCAGAAGCCUUAAGCUUGAAAUCUAGCCUGUCUACUGAUGAUUCCAGUUUCAAGGAAAUGGAUAUGAAAGCUGCAGCCUCAGUAGUGAAUCAUGAUACUUCUGAACCGGCAAAACCCACCUCCCCUGUCAAAGAAGAAGUGGCGUCACCUACUACUGCACCCAAGGAAAUUCUGGACGUGAAGUCAUUUAGGCAGCGAGCUGAUGCACUUGAAGGGCUUUUGGAAUUGUCUGCUGACUUACUACAGCAGGAUAGGCUGGAGGAGCUGGCAAUCGUUCUCAGGCCAUUUGGAAAAGAUAAGGUCUCACCAAGGGAGACUGCUAUAUGGCUGGCGAAGAGCCUGAAAGGGAUGAUGAUCGACGACAGUGGCCGAAGUUCAUGACUCUGUCUGCAGUGUAGUCUGCUCCUUUUUACUUUUUGUUCUACUCUGUAAUGAUAUUUGUCCAGCCACCUUUUUUGGCACAUUCAAAGUUCGAUUGAAUUUUGUUUUGGAGGAGAGAACAGAUAGGCUCUUUUCAUUUCUUUUGAUCAGCCCUUGUUCUUUUUCUUGUUGUAAUUCUUCUUCUCUUUGCAUUUUGUUUGUACAUAAUGAAUUAUACCAAAUUGCAUAACUGCAUCAUCGUUGCCAUUGGAUGAAUGUGGGUAUAUAUGGAACUGUGACUUGAGUCAAUAUAAACUAAAUAAUGUCAUUCAUACAAAGAAAAGGAGAGGAGCUUUGUUUCUAGCUUUCAUUAGUUACAGUUUCAGCUUCCAUUGCAUCACCUUAUUCAGUUUCAAUUUCCACUGCAUCACCUUCACCUUGUUCAGUUUCAAUUUCCACUGCAUCACCUUGCUCAAGCUCCAGAAUGGCGUUAAACCCGAACUCUUUUCCUGGUUUAAACAGCUUCAUCAGUUCAUCUGCCUUCUGGAUUGUGGUCACUUUGUUCUCCUUCACUUUCACAUUUGCCUUAUCUGCAUAAUCUGCCAGUGUUGCGCUAACUAUUUCUUGAAUCACGAAGUUCGUAACUCGGUCUUCCCCCAGGACCUGGAUCAGGAAGUCCCUUGGCACCUGGGUUGUCUUCCCUGGUUUCAGUCCAGCAACCAUGCAAAACAAUAUUGGUAGUACGUUAAGGUUUUGGGCGGCUCAAGGGAUUGUUGUAGCAUAGAAAGCACAAGGAAGCAGCUUAUAUAAAAUAAAUCAUAUGGAAACAAUAUAUAUAGUCCUAGCAUUCAAGAGAAGCAGUGAGUCUGAAAUGCGCAGACUAUACUAUAUACUGUUUAAAUGGCCUGGUUAGUUGGACGUUUGCUAGCUAGCUAAAAUUUUGGUGAGCUAGGUGAUUCUCUCGUAAGAAGUGAAGAGUUAGCAUAAGUUUUAGAUAAUGAGUCUUUGAAUUCCUUGUCAGGCUGAUCACCAUACUCAUAGCAACCAUGGACAAAAGUGACUCUCUUUUUCAUGACGACUUCAUGCAAUUUUGUCAGUAGAUAAAAAGAAAUGAGUGAGAUCACAAUGGAGAAAACCAAUUACAUAAGAAAAUUGAGGGAACUAUUUUGCCUGACCUCCCUUUUGUUUCCGAAAUCCGGGGAUUGGUGGUGAAGUGAGAGCCAGAUUUCUCAAUACCUUUCCGAAAACCUUUUCUGUUUCAUCUCCCCCCAAAUCCACUCAAACCUUAAUGCUGGUUUCGUCCCUCGACUCUACAACAAUCUUAGCAUCUCUUACGGUUAUGGCAUUGUCCUUUGGCUCAGUAAUCGAUGUUUCCACUCCUGAGUCCGUAGCUGAAAUAGGCCCGACUGCAUUUCCAAUCAAUCUCCCUUUUGAAAAAAACAGCUGCCUGUUGCUGAAUUGUUGGUGUUGUGUGGUAUAAAGACUGAAGUUUUUGGUGCUGCUGUGGUAAUGGCGGGCGAGGUUUUUGCAUUCCGAAGCAGAAACCAGAGUGGGAAAUUGUUGAAGCUGCGAGGCAGAGAAAACGAACUUGGCCGCCAUUUUUCUUCUUUAGUCCCCGCCUCGGUCUGAGAGAUUGGGUUUCCGAAUUGAGGAACUGUAACAAGAAUCAUCCAAAGAGAAGGCCACAGCCAGAGCAAAACGCAGCCGUCUUCCUACGUUGUUUCGUGUUUUGUCCUUCCUUAGAACUGCAAAUACGACGGCGUACCGCCAUUUGGUUCAAGGUAGCAGCUUUGGAGCACCAUACCCAUUUUCAGCAAUAGCAGAGACAGAAGAUUGAGCCAAAGCAAAAGAUGAUGGAAGUAGUAGUAGCCCCUGAAGCUUGCUUCUUCGUCUUCAUCCAUAAGGGUUUAAAUCGAAGAACAGCAGUACCAGAAGCUGGCGUUCGGAAUUUAUCCUUCAAGACACCAUCUUUUUACCAUGGAGUGGGAUGCAAUAGCGCUACUGUAUACAUAGGAAGUUCAUUUUUCUUGCUUGCCCUUCACUUGCUAUUUUGCUACCCCGCUAUUAACCCUUUUCAAGAUUACAUGGUUAUGUUUCUGAAACAUUUAUUUCUCUUGGUUUCAGAAGAUGUUGGGGUAUCAUCAUCUCGAAUUGGGGAUUUCCGGGUCAUUACUACAAGUACCGACGAUUCGACUGUGAUGAAGGUAAAUGUAGAGGUUUCUGGCACCAAAACGAGAGCCAUUUUCGAUGAUGUUUUCGACAGAAUGGUGGAAGCUGCACAGCCGAUUCCAGGCUUUCGUAGAGUGAAAGGAGGUAACAUUUUUUACGCUUUGGCAACAUCUGUACUUGUAAUUCAUAGUUCCAGUGCUCUGGGUCUACUGGACAAUGCAGUGAUCACGCCUCCAGUCUUUCUCGAGCUAUCUGUUUACUUUUUUUGCUAUUGUUUAUCCAUUGCCUCUAAUGAGUGCUUAAAUUUCCUUGCUUGCAUUUGCUGCUGGGCCAACUACGUUGAUCACUGGGGAACUGCAGGAAAAACACCAAAUAUUCCUAGAGACAUAUUGCUCGAAAUCCUUGGGGCUUCCAGAGUAUAUAAAGAAGUCAUUAAGAAGGUCAUAAACUCCGCCAUGGCAGAGUACGUUGACAAGGAAGGUUUAAAAGUGGGUAAAGAUCUGAGAGUUGAGCAAAGCUUUGAGGAUCUUGAAGAAGCUUUCAGUCCAGGGGAGAAGUUCAGCUUCGAUGCAGUUCUAAGACUUCAGUCUGGGGCCGAUUGAACAGAAAUCUUAUUGGGAAGUGUAUGUGGUUUGUAUGCAUGGAGAACCAUACCAUUUUUGCCAUCUUAAUCUAGAAGCCAUUACUGCUCCGUAUUGUUAUGCAGGCUUGUUGUAUUUGUUAAUCGUUUUUUAUUAGGUGAAAUAUCUUGUGAGUACCACCAAAGUAUGUGAAUUGAAAAAUCUAUACAAUGUAAGUCGAAUUAGAACACCUAAUACCUCAUAAACCGAAUAUUUGUAUAUCCAUCC